AUGGCUCUGCAUGGGUCAGUCUGCCAGGGGGGCCUCGAUGGUAAGGAAGAGGAGAGGAUGAAGAGCUACAAACCGAUAAUACAUGGGGGAGGUAGAUCGAGUCCAGGCCUAACAGUCAGAACAAUCUGGGCCAAAUACUCCAGGCCGGGAGGCGACAGACACAAAACGCGGGCCGUCAGAAGCUCGGAGUGGCUGGCAUUCCCUAUCACUGAUAAAAUGGCUAAUAAUUCCUGCAUUCAAUCUAUCUGUUGCUGCCUCGCACAGCCCCAGUACACCCCAAACGACUAG